ACUUGCCAUCCUCUAACAAAAAGGAUUUGUCAUUUCCAAGUGAAGAUCUUCCUCCUCCCUCUUUAGGUGCAGGUGCAACGAAAAAUGAUGAUCCUACCUCCAGCACAGAUGAUUUCCCAUCCCCACCAGAACAAAUGACAGGCUCAGAGACCAGUCAGGGUAUGGAUGAAGAUAUAUCACUGAAAAUGGAUGUAUUACCCCCAUUACCUGAUAACAUCAUGCCUCAAGAAUUUCCCCUGCUCAGUCAAGAGACAAUUGAUGCUUUUUCAACUCAGGCUGGUUGUCUCUCAGAACAAUCUUCACUUCAAGCCAUUUCCAGCUCAAAGGAGGACUUAUCAGAACACCAGCAAGGAGAACACGAGGCACCUUUGCAGCAUUUGGAGCUCCAGCCUGUGUUAAACUCUGUUUCUUCUGGCCAGGCCAGUAAAAGUCCUGACUUAUUAAUGAAACAAUGUACAACACACUUAAUGCUGCCCAGCACUGAGGGGGACAGUGAUGACCCAUUGAGAUCAUUUGAAAUUGGGGACAGAGUGCUGGUAAAGCAGAGCCAGCCUGGAACUCUCAUGUUCAAAGGAUGGACUCAUUUUGCCAGUGGCCACUGGGCUGGUGUUGCACUGGACAAAGCUGAAGGUGACAAUGCUGGAACUUACCAAGGGGUGAAGUAUUUUGAGUGUGCUCAGCACUGUGGUGUCUUUGUCAGGCCUGAGGAGGUCUCACACCUCUUGGGGGAUAACAAAAAGGGUUCCAGUUCCACUGGGGAUGAAGACUCUGACUCCUGUGACGAUGAAUUCUUCAAAGGGGACUGCAGAUAUUCUGGAGGUGAUGAGCAGAGAGUGGGGUUUACAGAGGAGAAAGCAGAAGACACAAAAAGUGCAGGAGGUUCAGAAGGAAAAGAAAGCCAAUCCAGGUUACAUUCUGCCUUGCUGUCUAGAAAAGAUCAAAAAUUUCCACAUUGCAACCAGUAUAAGUGUACUGAAUUUCUCUGUCAAAAGAACUUAAUGUACUUGGGAUCAGACAAGGAAAAAACAGAACUGGCACAAAUAAGACAAAGUAUAAUUGCAGCUGUGCUUCCAAAGAAAAGCAAGACCAAUAACACAGAUGAAGUAAACACAAGCAAAAAUAUUUGUUGCUUGGUAGAGGAUCAGAAAAGAAUUAAACUUGCUGAUGACGUUGCAAGUGAACUCGGUAAAAAACUUCUGUUUGACGUUUUAAUUGCAUUUUCAGAAACAGCUCAACACAAAUAUAAAAGUGCCUUUGAAAAGGACAUGAUGAAUUGCAGCGAAGGCCUAAGGGAAGGAGACAAUCAGAAACUGUUUCUCCUCAAAGAAAAUUCAGCUGCUGUCUUAUCUGAACCAUCAGCAAAGGUUUCUGAUGUUUUCCUGGGUGAUUUUGAUACGCUUUGUAUUCAUGGUUGUCACACAGUAGCAGAAAGAAUUGUAACUAAAUUUAUAGAUGAUGCAGUUAAAGCAUAUAAGAAGAUUAAAAGAAAACAUGGAUCAAAAGCAGACAAGAUACUUCAUUUAUCUUCAGAGACUUCUCCAAUCGCUCUGCCACUCCUCAAUAAAAUCCUUGAUGCUGGUGUUUUUGGAAGCUCUGAAGACUUUGUUCAGCCUUAUUCUGACCAACAUAUGCUGGUGAGACAAAGGCAAAAGCAAUGCUUGUACAAAUUAGAUCAGUGGCACUCAGCUCCUUGGAAGAAAACCGUGGAAGUUCCUCUUGUGAUACCACAUUGCAGUUCUUAUGUUAGAAACUUGUCUGCAUGUGCUGUAGAAGAAUUAUGGACCCCAGAAAACAUAAAUUCGAAUUUCAGGAGCAUCAGUGUGCCAAAGUGCUCUGAAUGUAAUGAUCUCCCAGGGAAUGAUUUGGAAGCAGAAAGCAAGAGGAUGUAUAAUCAGGUUAUAUUUGAUUUGACCCGGGAGUUGUUACGUGCAGAAUAUCAAGUGACUGCAAAGCCAAACACUUUUCCAUGGAUGAAAAUAAACGUGGGAUCUCGCUGUUCCAGGCAUCUCUGCAGCAGAACAGAUGUCAGUGAUGUCAAGGCAUUUGUUCAGGGUGAAAUUAUUAAAAUAAUGAACCUGGAAAAGAAUGACUUAGAAAUGAAAAGAAAAUUCCUAAACAUGACCAAGUAUGGAAACUGUAAGAGAGACAGACUGGACCUUAUUCUGAUUCAGGAGCUCCGUAAAGAAGAGUCUCAGUGGACUUAUUAUGGUGAUGAUGAAUUAACAGUGAAGAUGAGGAUGACUGAAGGCAUAUUUAACAGCUUGAUCCUUGAUACAAUCAGAGUUCUUAAUAAGAUUUAUCUGAGAAAAGCCUGUGAUUAGAAGUUUUUCCCUCAUGGGCCCUGAUGGAGGAAUUUUAAUCUCUGAUUUUUUUUUUUCCUUAUUUUUCAGUCAAGAAAUAAGUGAUUUAAGAACUUUAACUCUGAACUUGUACCAAAUACCAGGGUGGCCUUGGCCUAAUUUGUACAUUCAUAUUUAUGAAAGGAUCAAGGAGAGACUUAUGCAGAUAGAAAAAUAUUACACAAAAUAUUCUCCUUGUGUUCUGUGCUUUGGGAAGGCUCGUUAAGAUCAAUGAUCUUCUUAGAUGUCACACAGAAUCCAAAGGGGGGAAAUUUUAUUCUUUUUUUUUUUUUAAUUCAAGAUUGCACUUUAUCUGCUUUGAAGAGCACAGUGUGUUUUAAAAUUGUAUACAAGUCUCUACAAACAGGUUUCAGAACCAAUUUGUGUGCAAAUGAUCUUACUUCUGUUAUCAUGCUCAGGUUGUGAACGAUGACAGGUGAAUCAUACUUUGAAAAUCGUGUUCAGAAAAUCAUUGGUGACCGUCUGAAGAAUGUAAAUGUGCAGAUGGAGUUAAAUGUCCCACACCCUGAGUUGCUGUGGGCCUCUGUAGUUUAGAAUAAACUCCUCUAACUGGAACAAGUCUAAAACUUUUCCUGAUGGCUACAGCAGAUUUAAAAGUGACUGUGCAUCGUUAUUUUUUUUUUAAUGCACUAUGGAACUAGUUAAAAAUAACCUGGAGAAGGCUUUAGAAAUGUGGCAUAAGGAAGGGCAGGACCCAGAGCCAGAUACUCAGUUUAAAUGUCUAUAGUUUUAUGUAAAUGAGACAAAUACUGAUGUAAUGCACUUUACAUGGGAGACUUUUUUAUCAGUAAGUUCAAUGUCUGUCAAUUAAAUAUGUGCAUGUGAUUUGGGUUAUUUAUCACAUGAGCCUGUUGCAUCCUUACAACAUCUCAGUGUAGGGUGCUGAGGAUGUACUUUAACUGGCAAAACAGAGGAAAUCAAUAACCCUUUUGUAAUGGCAAAAUUGGAAAACCCAAGAUUUUAACAAGGAACUAUAAGCAUUCCCUGAGCAUGGUAAUUGGUUCACUGUGUAAAUUGCUGUCCCACCUAUUUUGUCUUAGUUGUUUUCAUGCUGAAUUGUUUCAUAUUGUAUUCUUUCCUGAAUAAACAAAAUAAACCAUAUGUAAAACGUCAUUUGUUCUGAAAUCCAUUGGAAUUGCAGAUUAUAUCACAGGCUGCUAUUCUCAGCAGUGACUGGGAGUACUUUUGUUUUGCAGACAGUUCCUGAGGACACUAAACCCUCCCCUGCUUGUUGCCAUAUGAACAGAAAUAAAAAGGCAACUUCUGCCCUGAGCAUAUUAACUGUUGAUCUUACCCUAGAAACUAUUUUCAUGUCCCUAGUGGUACAUUUUCUUAAGUCUCUGACUUUUAUCCUCAUUGAUUAGUUAAUCCAGAUAAGUUAUUUGUUUUCUUAUUGUCAGUUUAUAGUAGAAUUUAACUCAAUUGUUUUCUCCUGGACUUGCAGAUUGUUGGAUACAAUGACAAAUCUAUAUAUUGAAGUCCUCUGGUUUUUUCAGUUUAUUGUCACUCUGCUGCUGCUGCUGCAAAAUCAGGAUCCUUGUGUUUGGUAUGAAAGCUAUUAAAAAUAUCACUUCUAUAUGAAAUAAUAGUUGAAGGACUUGUUUGAUUUCAGACUGCUGCCUUAUGUUCCACCUGAGGCUGAUAACCAUCAUAUUUGCAAUUAGGUUUGUGAGUGAAGCCUGAACUCUCACAAGAUGCUCUGCAGGGAAGGACACAGCUAUAAAGUAACUCCUCCUGCUGAGAAUAAAAAGUGUAUACACAGAACAUGUCAGACAUGUUUAAUAUCCUCCACCAUUCUGUGCUCAAAACCUGAGAUUCUGGCACCCAGAUAUAUUGACCUGUUCACUCAGUGGCAAGACUUCAAUAUCAAGAUUACUCUCCUUCAAGGUCUAAUAUUUUGUUUGCCUUGGGUUUGAUCAAUAUUAACCUCCUGGGUCAAUAAAUCUUGAUAGUAGCCUCAAGAGGAGUCAUUAUCUUUCAUAGAAAAUGAUUAUUUCUCAGUUAAACCCUACAUUUAAUUUUCCUGUAAUCCAUCUCUUUCAUCUUUAUACAUUUAACAAUUCUUCUGAAUAAAAUGUGCUCUAAAAUAUCUUUGGCACUGCAGAUUUUUAAAAUCCUAAUUAGCAGCUGCCACAAGAUUUUUCAGUUCUUUGGAGCUGUUGGACUCUGCUCUUGUAACCAUCUAUUUUGUUGCUUGUCGUACCCAGGAAAAAAAGACAGAAAACCCCAAAGCUGGGAUGUGAUGUGAGGAAAUCAUUUAGCCUGUAGCUGGGGGUAUGGAUCAAAAGAAGUGUGACUGAACCACUUCAGAUAUUAAUGGUCAAAAAAAGAGAGGAUCAGGAAAAGAAAAGGCAGAAGGGAGAGAAUCUGUUACUCAAGUCUCAGAGAAGAUUUUACUGUAAUUAAAUUUCUACCCUUGUAUUGUCUGUGGGUUACUGACCAGAAACAAUAAUAAACUAAAUUAUAACCUCUGGAUUUACACUGGUGGGCCUGAAGUAAGAAUUUAGGCCCAUUUGUUUCCCACUUGUUCUUCAAGGAUUAAAAGAAGUGCUUGUGAGUAACAGAAGCAAGAAUUAUAUUUUCAGAGACCUCAGUUUUUAAUUAUCUAAGUUUUAAACUCCUCUGAAAUUGUCCUCUGGGGGUCUUGUUGGUUUUCUCCCUCCCAUUAAUGUAAUGAAAGUUCUUAAGCCUGUAUUUAGAAAUGAAAGGAGAUGUCCGUACUGUGGCCAGAGCUGUAAAAGGUGCUAAAAUCCAUUACUAGUGCAAAUCCAACCUGAAUUUAUGGAAAGUAGAGAGUUUUUAUCAACCUGCCCAAGCGCAGCCUUUUGUCAGAGAUUCAGUCUGAGGAGAAACGGCUCUUCCCUGCUGAGAGAGGUACUUUGGGAUGAAACAGCUCUCGACCCAGAGGCCAUGAGGUGUUCAGCUCUUCUCAGUGAGAAGCUCUGUGAAGUUGAAACUUCUGUUUCCAUAUCAAUUGUCACAUAAAUUUGGCCACUGAGGGAUCUCAAAGUAUCACAGGA